AGUUCAGUUACUCCCAACGUCCCUGACUCUUAAACUCACCGUUUCCAUUAAUCUCGACCUCAAUGGCUUCACUCUCCCAGUACAUUAUGCUUUUACUCUUUAUCGCCGUUUGUUUUACCGCCGUCAACGGCUGCCAUCGGUCAGACCGGGCAGCUCUGUUAGCUUUCAAAGCUGCCCUCAAGGAGCCUUAUUUAGGCAUCUUCAACACGUGGACGGGCAACGACUGUUGCCGCAACUGGUACGGCGUCAGUUGCGACCCCGAAUCUCACCGGGUUGCUGAUAUUAACCUUCGUGGUGAGUCGGAGGACCCGAUAUUUGAACGGGCUCACCGAACCGGCUACAUGACUGGCUACAUAUCACCAGCGAUCUGUAAACUGAAGCGUCUUUCUAGUUUGACUAUCGCUGACUGGAAAGGAAUCACGGGCGAAAUACCUCGUUGCGUCACUUCGAUUCCGUUUCUUCGCAUUAUCGAUUUAAUCGGAAACAAGUUAUCGGGUGAGAUUCCGGCUGAUAUCGGACGGCUUCAUAGGCUUACCGUUUUUAAUAUUGCUGAUAAUUAUGUAACUGGAAGAAUCCCCGAAUCUUUGACUAAUCUUUCUAGCUUAAUGCAUCUUGAUUUACGCAACAACCGAAUUUCGGGUCCGAUUCCACGAGAUAUCGGUCGGCUUCCCAUGUUAAGUCGAGCUUUGUUGUCUCGGAAUCAUAUAUCCGGUACGAUCCCGGAAUCCAUUGCAAGAAUUUACCGUCUCGCCGAUUUGGAUUUGUCCAUGAACCAGAUAUCGGGGCAAAUACCGGCUUCUUUAGGCAAAAUGGCUGUUCUAGCGACCCUAAAUCUUGAUUUCAACAAACUUUCGGGCGCCUUACCAGCGAGUUUGUUGGCUUCAGGUAUUAGCAAUUUAAACGUAAGUAAGAACUCGCUUGAAGGAAGAAUACCGGAUGUUUUCGGGCCGAGAUCUUAUUUUACAGUUCUUGAUUUAUCGUUUAAUUAUCUGAGCGGGCCGAUUCCGAAAUCGAUAUCGCAGGCGUCGUAUAUCGGGCAUUUGGAUUUGAGUCACAACCAUCUUUGUGGGAGGAUACCGCCGGGAUCACCGUUCGAUCAUCUUGAGGGUUCGCAAUUUGCUUAUAACGAUUGUCUGUGUGGGAAGCCACUUAAAGCUUGUUAAACUGGGAUUCGGUUUUCCGGGUUUGAUUAUGAAAUAUAUAAUGCCUGUAAGGCUGCUGCUUUGCAUUGUAACAGUAAACAACUAAUAUAUUUAUUUUGCUUUCAGUUUACUUAUAAGAUUGGAGAAAAAUAAAUUUUUUUAAUGAA